AUGAAAAGAGGAACGAAGUGUGUAGCACAGACAAUCAACUUGUCCAAUCCGGAGACAUGCAUAAGACCGAAGAGGAUUCAGAAGCUCGUUCAGGCGGAAGUGAUGCAGCCUUGUCCUUCAGGUUCGUCUUACUGGACGCCGAGGCCGGUCCCCAUUAAAAUCUGCACGCGGAAAGACAUGCAAAGAACUUGUCCGCCAAAGCUCUGCGAUUGUCCUCAGAAGGCAUUGCCGAAGUCGCCGGGUCAAAAAUUAUGUAAGUUUUUGCUCUUCCUCUUGAAGAGCGGCAUUGUCGCUGGUCUCUUUUGCUGGACGAAUUACGAGGGUUUGUGGGGAAGCAGCUCCGAUGUUGAGGACCUGUAUCGCAGGAUAGUGGCCACGAUUGUUCCCGCUCUUGACCAGAAAGAAAUCGAAUUGCCUCGCGUAAACAAGUUCAAGCACACGAUGAUACAGAAGUACAAUCACGCGGUGUUUACCAUAAUGAAUUGCAUUGUGAACACGUCAACGAUGCUACGGAAGCAGCUUCAGAGUAUAUUGGUCGACGAGUCAGAUGAGGUCGAACCAUCUGGAGUCAAAUCGUCCGACGAUUCGACGAAUACCGAAGAGGAAAUUUAG